UUAUUAUAGAAUUUGUAUUUAUAAAUGGACCAAGGUCAAAAUUUCCAAAACACCCAAAAAUUGGUAAAAGUUGAUGAAAAUUCAGCAGGAGUCCCAUCCCAGGCUUUGAACAUGAAUCACCAAAUGAGCAAUUUAAAUCCAACGGGAAACAUGAUUCAGAUCCCUACCAACCCAGAAUCUCAAUUCCAGAUUGCUCAGAUGCAGUCCAUGGGUGCUCCAGCACCCACUGGAGAGGAAGCUAAGCAUGGGACAGGAGAUAAUAAUAAAUUAGAAUCUCAUGCAGGAGCAUUGGGCGGGUCACAUGCUCAACACAAUUCGAGAGGUCAUCAUAAUGAUGGCCAUAAUGACUCGGACGACAACUAUUCUGAUGACCCGAAGAGCAGAACCUCUGCUUCUUCUAGAGUCAACUUCUCUAAACUAACUGCUGAGGAAAAGGAGAGGAGAUGCCAUAACAUGUCAAAAGAAGUCAAACAGCUCAGAAGGAAGAUACGUAAUAUGGAGGAAAGAUUAGCUCGCACCAGCAAUGAUGCUGAAGGAUCUGGCUCAAGAGAUUACUCCAGUGGAGUAGGAGAAGCCUCCAUCCAAUCAGCAAAAGAUAAGAUCAAGAGCUUCAAGGGAUUUGAGCUCUCAGACCAAAAGGAUCUCAUUGACAAUCUCUGUAGUGCUCUUGCUCAAGAAAGAAUGAGACCGGAUUCGUUAGCAUAUUACAUGCUUUGCACUAUUGUCAGAGGUUUCCUUACUGACGAGGAAUGGGCCCAAAAAUAUGCAGCCAAAGAAGAGCUAGACGCAGAUAAAGACUCCGGAGAUAUGUUCAAAAACAAGGAAAUAGUGGUUACCCUCCCAGGAAAAGAUGUCAGGAUCUCCAAGAAGGAAUAUCAGGUUUUCGCUCCCUUCCAGGAUAAUGAAAAGAUUAUGAGGUUGCUUACAGGACAACUUGGCAGCACAGAGACUCCGGAAGCUAAAUCUGAAUGCUCUUGCUGAGAUGCAAAAUUUGAUGAAUAA